AUGGACGGAAGCACGAGACCGGUGGAUAAGGCCUCAAAGGAGACAUCGACUCCACCGUCAACUGGAGAUUCAUAUGAAGUUAAAAGAGGCACCGCGCGACGUAAAGUACAAUCAAGAUCUAGGGCAUGGGCUCAUUUUACCAAGAUUCUUGGCUCAAAGGGAGAUGUGGUAGGAGCUCAAUGCAAUCACUGCGAUAAGCAAUAUGUUUGCCAUACAAAACGAAAUGGUACCUCGUCACUUCUUGCUCAUAUGAAUAGUUGGAUGAAAUACCCUGAAAAUGUUGAUAUGACCCAAGCUUUAAUAAAUGUGCAACCAGGAAAAGAGGGUGUUGUUGGGUCGAGUUCGAUAUCUGCUUGGAAAUAUGAUUAUGGUGAGAUUUGA